GAAGGGGAGGAGCUUCCGAUCAUUCAUUGCGCGCGCCAGUCGCGUUUCUUAGCGAGUAUCGGAGCGGCCUAGUCGUGGGCUGCUGCUGCUCCGCGCUCAAUUUUUUUUCGAUUGGUCCUCACGCGUCUUCGGUUUCGCGUCGGUCCCUCCGCCGCCAUGAAGCUCGUCAGGUUUCUCAUGAAACUUAGCCAUGAGACUGUGACCAUUGAGCUGAAGAAUGGGACCCAAGUACAUGGAACAAUUACAGGUGUGGAUGUCAGUAUGAACACACAUCUUAAAGCAGUGAAGAUGACUCUGAAGAACAGAGAACCUGUCCAGUUGGAAACUUUGAGUAUUCGAGGGAAUAAUAUUAGAUACUUCAUUUUGCCAGACAGUUUGCCCCUGGAUACUUUGCUAGUGGAUGUUGAACCAAAAGUCAAAUCCAAGAAAAGGGAAGCAGUUGCAGGAAGAGGACGUGGAAGAGGUCGUGGCCGAGGAAGAGGUCGUGGCCGCGGAAGAGGAGGUCCUAGGCGAUAAUUUCCCUACAGCCACUGAAAAUGCCAGGCAAUUUUGGUUUGUUUGUUUGUUUUGUACAGGUUUUAUUCAGUGUCAGUUUUUAAUAAACAAUUAUAGAAAACUU